UAAGAGAUGAAUUGAGAAGAGGUCGUAUUUCACGGAUUACGUAUGAUCAUUUGUCAACUAUCACACUGAAGUCACUGUUUUCGUUUUGCUUUCCAUGCUGCACGUCUUCAAGAUGGCUCUGUAAAAUGGUCGAGUCGUCUCCUCAACGAAGGGAGCACAGGGUCGACCCUGUUGUAGGAUGUCCAAACUGAGUUGAAAUGUGGUAUAAAGUACACAUUCCCGUGUGACUGGUCAAGGAUAGAUAGAGAGAUGGCGGCGAACCCGGCAAAGGACAAGAAGAUAGGAAUAGUCGGCAGUGGCCUUAUUGGACGAAGUUGGUGCAUGCUGUUCGCCAGUGUGGGUUACCAGGUGUCCGUGUAUGACAGCGACCCGCGCCAGGUGUCCUCGGCGCUGGCCGACAUACAGCAGCAGCUACAGGAGCUGUCCGCGAGCGGUCUUCUCCGAGGUAGUCUGACGGCUGAGGAACAGUGCCAAAGAGUUUCGGCUGCCAAGGAUAUGGAGGACUGUGUUCAGGGAGCCAAGUUUGUACAGGAAUGUGUUCCCGAAGUGUUGGAUAUCAAGAAAGAAAUUUUUGCGAAACUUGACGACUUGGCGGGGGAUAACACAAUAUUGUCCAGUUCAACCAGUAGUAUGGUGCCAUCCCUGUUUACACGUGGCAUAAAGAAGAGAGCGCAUGCUAUUGUUUGCCAUCCUACCAAUCCACCAUAUUAUUGUCCAUUGGUGGAAGUUGUCCCGUCCCCCUGGACUGACCCGGAAGUACUGGAGCAGACAGUGGCCCUCAUGCGUGAGAUUGGGCAAUCGCCAGUGAUUAUCAAGAAGGAAAUUGACGGCUUCGCUUUGAAUAGGAUUCAGUACGCCAUCAUGGGAGAAUGCUGGCGGCUUAUUAACGAUGGUGUCAUCAGUGUGGAGGAUAUGGACAAAGUUAUGUCAGAUGGGCUGGGCAUGCGCUACGCCUUUCUGGGGCCUCUAGAAACAGCCUAUCUGAAUGCUGACGGGUUCCAUGUGUACGCUGAGCGGUAUGGGGAAAUGUUUCUGAGAAUUCAGAAGAGUUUUGGAGAGCCCAUUCCAAUGUCCGGUAGUUCUCUGGAUCGUAUACAUAAUGAAUUGAACAAGGUGACGCCUGUAGAGAAUAUAUCCAGCCGACGUCAGUGGAGGGACAGGCGACUAGCGGCACUUGCCAAACUCAAAUCAGACAUGGACACCAAAGACUCGAAGUAAUAUAAAAAUAACAAGGGUUCCAUGUGUACGCUGAGAGGUAUGGGGAAAUGAUUCUGAGAAUUCAGAAGAGUUUUGGAGAGCCCAUUCCAAUGUCCGGUAGCUCUCUGGAUCGUACACAUAAUGAAUUGAACAAGGUGACGCCUGUAGAGAAUAUACCCAGCCGACGUCAGUGGAGAGACAGGCGACUAGCGGCACUGGCCAAACUAAAAUCAGACAUGGACACCAAAGACUCGAAGUAAUAUAAAAAUAACAAGGUAAUUUACAGGCGACCGACAGCACUGGUCAAAUUCAAAUCAGACCUGGUCGGCAACGACUCGCUGCACUGACAGCACUCAAAGGGGAAGUGGCGGCACAACGAGAAAUUUAAGAUUUGGGUUAGCGUUAACCGGUUUAAUAAGAGACUGGCAGCAUGCAUUGGCCAGACUAACACUCGACAGCAAAGACUCGAAGCAAUGACUGAUUUAAGGCAUGAACUAAAUUUUGGUUUGUGAUAAUUAAAAGGCUUUACGCCGCACGGCUCUCGCUUCGACAGAACGGACUCAUUACCGAGUUCAUGUACUCAAACCCUUGGUUUUAAGAAAGGAGACAACUAAAAGGAAGAAGGACUGUGGAAAUCAUCGAAAUAACUUAAUCAGCGAGUCUGGAAUCUGGUUUGCCACGGCCGCAAACACUGAAGGUUUCUUCUACGACUAGAACAUUCGCUGCGGUGAUCGGUCGACAGACCAGCUGACUACAGCACGAUUACGCGAUGAAACUUUAAAAUGUUAUUGUUUACAUGCAUCAUACUCUACAUAUUGAUAACAGUGUAGCUGGGACAGAAAAGAAUCGUUCACAAAAGUUUUAUUGAUCAUUCGGAUGAUGUUGAGUCAGACUAGUUUUUCUUCCACUUCAUCACUGGCAGCUUUGGUGUGAUAUUGUCUGACUCUCAACAUAUACUAUGUAUUACUAAGCGGUAUUGGACU